AUGGACAGCAACCGAUUAUUUUUCACCGGAAAGGGCACAGAGACGAGGAAGCGGAAAGAUGCCCCAACGGCGGCAACGACGGGGUCCCGCGCUGCAAAACGCGUCAAAUUCCAAGAUGCCCGCAACAUCCGCACGCAGCCGUCGGAUGCGGCGCUUGAAGAUGGAAAGCUCGACUUGCAAAAGUUCCUCGACGCCCGCGAGUUCGAGAUCAAAGCGCUCGAGAACAGCAUGCGCAAGUGUAAGGCCGCCAAUGCGACCCGCGUGUUCCAGCAAGUGCCUCGCGCCAUGCGCAGGAGGACUGCAAGCCACAAUGUCAAGAGGGUACCAAAAAGACUGCGUGAACGAGCGAGGAGGGAGAUGAUCGAGGACAAUACCCCGACAGUCGAGGCUAGAAAACGUCGUCCUCGCACAACCCGUGCCCGCAUCCGCGCCGAGACGGCCAAGAAGUUGGGCAUCCUCGCUGCGAGGAAGAAGAAGAAGCUGCUUGAAAAGGCUGCCAUGGAAGGAGGCUCGACAAAACAACCCGGACCGAAACCAGCGGUGCACACCAGGGCAGCGAGACCGAAGAUCCGGCGCGACAUGCUGAACGAGCCACCCAAAGCAAACUUCAAGUUUAGAAAGAGGCAGGUCAAUAAGACGUGGUUACCAACGCACCUUUGGCACGCAAAGCGGGCAAAGAUGACGGAGCCGAGCAAGCCGCUGUGGCGCUUCGCUGUUCCGCUCACCCCAACCGAAAAAUGCUACCGGCCAACCCAUCGAGCCUCGGGCCAAAAGGGAGUUGUGGUGUGGGAUAUGAGCUACAUGAGCACCAUUGGGCUGUAUGGGACGGCAGAGGGUGUGGAACGAGUCUUGAGGGCCUUGGGCUUGCAUCAGGAAAGCCUCUGGGGUGUCCGGGGACAGAAAUGGAGAGCUGGCGUCCGGAAAUGGUCGGGUGUCCUUAGCAAGCAGGUCAAAGAUUGGAGGCGUGACAUUGGGCCCGCGACCAUUGUCUGGAAUCCCCAGGCACCCGCUCAGAGUGUCGACGCGGCAGACUCGAGCCGUGCCAGGAAGCCGCAACGACAAUUGUUCAUCCGGACUCACCCAUCCUGCUUCCUUGAACUAUUUCAGGAGCUUCUCAAGUUGGCCAAGAUGCAGACGCCCCAGCUCCAUGCCGAGGAUUUGCGCUUUGAAAUUGGCAGCAUUGAACUUACCGGCCCUGGUUCAACCGAAGCUCUAUUAGGCAUCCUUCAACCAUACCACGACAAGCCUGGGAAUGAGGACCGCCAGGCACAGGUUUUUCAAUCCCUUGUCGGCGUCUCCAACCCGGCGGCUCUCCCCAAGGACGCGCUCCUCGCGUUCUCCGUGAAAGACCCACGCCUGGCUUAUCCUCCCAGAAUGACUCUCACCAAAUGGCCCGUUGAGGAAGGGCUGAAGCCGUGUGGUAUCUUCGACCGCGAGCAACGAUUCCGGGCCUCUAGAUUGCCGUCUCAGAAAUCUAUAAAUCGCCGAAAAGGGGCGAAUGUACCGGGGGAACAUCUCCGCGUUACUGAAGCCGAUCCCGCCAUUCCGGUAAUGCUGCUUGCCUCAAGACCGUCGACCGACGGCCAAGCCCAAGGGACGUGGACAUUGCUGGCACCGUGGAAGUGCAUCACGCCCAUCUGGUACUCUCUUAUGCACUAUCCUCUGACGACCGGCGGCAACCCUCGACUUGGGGGGGUCGAUGAGCAGAGACAAAUCGCGUUUGAGCACGGAGCCCCGUGGUUUCCCGGCGAUUUCCCAGCCACUGACGCCGGGAUAAACUGGGAGCUUGAGCAGAGGGUCAAGAGGCAUCGGGAUUGGGAUCGUCGUCCAAAAGGCAAGAGGAUCGAAUGGAAGUCCCUUGACCUGGGCGCUGGGCGGAAGGGCGAAAUCGGAGAUGGCCUGGCGUGCGAUUUCGAGUUCCUGUUUGCCCUCUGCGGAACUCCGCCUUCGAGACCACAGGUCAUCGGCUCCUCGAUCACGGAUGCGACCGAACAGAUGGAUAUUGACCCUCCCGAACGGACGGACGGGAUUAAGGCUUUAGGAGCCACCACACCCCCUGCACCGGCCCUGGGUUUGAUGCGACAGCUGACGAAGUCGGCGUUCAGCUCCCUACUAUCUUCACCGAAUCUAGACAAGCCCCCGGCGAACUCUCUCGUCACCGUUAAUCUAACCUUCAUCUCAAGAGGUGUCGCAAACACCUGCGCCAGGAUUUACCGGCUGCCUCCCCGGACGUCAAGGAUCACCGAUCUACCGGCAGAUGCCGAAGUUCUCGCUACCGACCCUGCCUCGACCAACCCAGGACGCCUGCCUAUGGAUCUGAGAGAUCAAUGGCUUCGGAAACUUCCCAUCAACAACAACAACAAAGGUCGGGGCAGAAGAUCCCGAUUGGGCGGCCCCCCACAAAUGGCGCCCGGGGUCGAUAUAGAGACUCGGAAAAGGCUGCUAGCGCAAUCACUCGUCACGACAGAGCUCCCUUAUCCCAGGCCAGCUAUCAACCAGCUCGACAUUGGCGGGCAUCAUCCCCUGUGCCCGGACGAGAAAGACCUGAUUGGCUUUGUGACGACAGGUGCUUUCAAUCUGAGCGAGGGCAAGGGCACCGCGAUUGGGUCGAUUUCGGCGGAAAAGGCACUGGAGACGCUCCGGGAGGCGGGAGUCAAAGAGGGCAAGCUUUGUAUCGUGAGAAAUGCGGGCGAGAGCGUUGGCUGGCUGACGAGGUGGGAACUUGUUUGA